AAUUGCAGGAGGAAACGCCUUGCUGGUUACUGUUGUUCUUGGAAUGAUUUCAGAAUUGGAUAGAUGAUUCAGGAGCAGACUUACGUUGGAAAUCAUAAAACCGCAGUUGAAGGAAUCCUCUAAAGGAAUAUUUCUUCAUCACCCCUAUUGGACAGGUGCUGGAUUGAUCUUUGUCCAAAUCAGACUGUGGCUUAAACCACUGCUAGGAGAAAGUCUGAUUCUAGAAGACCCAGAGAGAUUUUCUAGAUGUUUAAUCCGACACACUAUUGGGAGUCAGCUUGGAUGCAUAAGGAGAGGCCAGUUGCAUUGCUCAUUGAUUUUCCAGGAUGGCUUCUGGAUCCCACCACAUCACAAACACAAACUUCAGGAAUUUCUCCCAGUCAAAUGCAAGGCCUUGGGACUGUUUUGCCUUACCCUCAUAAGAACCAUCUUCCAUUGCCUACAUGGUCUGCCCAGCCCCUAGGUAUCAGCAGCAGCUGGCACCCAAUUGAAUGCCAAUCAUUUGGAAAACCUGUCUACAACCCACAUCUCCAGAGUCUUCUCCAUAGCAGAGUGGAGAUACCGAGACAAUUUAAAGGGUUUUGUCCAUCAGAAGCUGCCAAACUUCAGCAAACACCAACUCGCUCCUGCAUUCCCCAUCAAAAGAAAGCCAUCUCAGUCACCCAAGGGGCAGAAGUGCCUAAGCUGGAGCACCUUUUGGAACCAGCUCUCCGAGCCUCUCAGAUGGCAGGAAAUUCCCCAGGGAAAGAGAAGGACAGGUCUGCAGCCAAUAGGCAGCACAUCCUAAAAUGGCCACCGGAGAUCUUGGACAAGUGGGCUAUAAACAAGAAGAAGGCCCAAAUGAGGUCAAGUGGCCUCAGAAGACUACUCUCAUGUCAUCUGGAGCUGCCUCGUGUUCUUAUACGGGGACAACCAAGUCCUGAGAAUUCAUCCCAGUCGUGCUUGGAAACCUCCCUAGAUGUGCACUUGCAGUGAGCUGUCUUUCCUUCAGUUGGAAAUCAAAUGGAAUCAACCAGAAGGAUGAUUUAUUUGUUUUUUUUCAAGUGACCCCAGAAAAAUAAAACAAUAAGUUCAA